AGCAGAUUGUGUGCAAGGUGGAAGCUAGCAACUCGUAGUGACCGUGAGAUUUAAUAGACCUAAUUUAGGCGAAAUUAUUUGAAUCUACUUUCUUGGUUCGGUAAUAGUAUAGCAAUCUGGUGUUUGCAAGUCGAGAAAAAUGUUAAGCAUAGCAAAAACAGUUUCGCGAAGCCUGUCCUCAAGCUGUGUUCGAGGUGUACCAUCAUUAGUAAAAAAGGCUUGCUGGAAUCGGUUGUCGGAACAUGUUAUUCAGACUGCAUCCAGACGUGAAUAUGCUUCAGAAGCAAUCAAAGGAGCAGUGAUUGGAAUUGACCUGGGGACCACAAAUUCUUGUGUGGCUGUCAUGGAUGGAAAACAAGCAAAGGUGCUUGAAAAUGCAGAAGGUGCAAGGACAACUCCAUCAGUUGUAGCCUUCACAGGUGAAGGGGAGAGACUGGUGGGUAUGCCAGCUAAAAGGCAAGCUGUCACUAAUCCAAACAACACACUCUAUGCAACCAAACGCCUGAUUGGGAGACGCUUCGAUGACCCCGAAGUACAGAAAGAUUUAAAGAAUGUCCCCUAUAAGAUAGUACGUGCCUCCAAUGGAGAUGCCUGGAUAGAGGCACAUGGAAAACUGUACUCCCCUAGCCAGGUUGGGGCCUUUAUUCUGAUAAAGAUGAAAGAGACUGCAGAGAAUUAUUUGGGCCAUAUGGUGAAGAAUGCUGUCGUGACUGUACCAGCCUAUUUUAAUGAUUCUCAGAGACAGGCAACAAAAGAUGCUGGCCAGAUUGCAGGUUUAAAUGUGCUCAGAGUCAUCAAUGAGCCUACAGCGGCUGCUCUUGCAUAUGGACUUGAAAAGACUCAGGACAAGGUUAUUGCUGUGUAUGAUCUCGGAGGAGGCACCUUUGACAUCUCGAUUUUGGAGAUCCAGAAAGGAGUUUUUGAAGUAAAAUCUACCAAUGGUGACACAUUUUUAGGAGGGGAAGAUUUUGAUCAGUAUCUGCUAAGGCAUAUAGUGAAAGAGUUCAAGCGAGAGUCAGGUGUGGACCUAACCAAAGACAACAUGGCAUUGCAACGAUUGAGGGAAGCAGCUGAGAAAGCAAAGUGUGAGCUUUCAUCUUCUCUGCAGACCGACAUCAACUUACCUUACUUAACAAUGGACAGCUCUGGUCCCAAACACUUAAACAUGAAACUUACCCGUGCCCAGUUUGAAGGUAUUGUGGGAGAUCUAAUUAGAAGGACUGUGGCCCCAUGUCAGAAGGCCAUGCAAGAUGCUGAUGUUUCUAAGAGUGACAUUGGAGAAGUCCUACUGGUUGGAGGCAUGACUCGUAUGCCAAAGGUACAGCAAACAGUACAGGAUCUGUUUGGUAGGGCCCCCAGUAAAUCUGUUAACCCAGAUGAAGCUGUGGCUAUUGGGGCAGCCAUCCAAGGCGGUGUAUUGGCUGGAGAUGUGACAGAUGUUCUCCUGCUGGAUGUCACUCCCCUCUCUUUAGGAAUUGAAACUCUGGGAGGUGUGUUUACCAAACUUAUAAACCGGAAUACGACCAUUCCCACCAAAAAAAGCCAGGUGUUUUCUACUGCUGCUGAUGGGCAAACACAAGUAGAAAUUAAAGUUUGCCAAGGUGAGCGUGAAAUGGCAGUGGAUAAUAAGGUCCUUGGACAAUUCACACUGGUUGGCAUCCCUCCUGCUCCACGUGGUGUCCCACAGAUUGAAGUUACUUUUGAUAUUGACGCUAAUGGAAUUGUGCAUGUUUCUGCUAAAGACAAAGGCACUGGACGGGAACAGCAAAUUGUCAUCCAGUCCUCUGGUGGUCUCAGUAAGGAUGACAUUGAGAACAUGGUUAAGAAUGCUGAAAAAUAUGCAGAGGAAGACCGGAAGAGAAAGGAUCGUGUUGAGGCUGUUAAUAUGGCUGAAGGCAUUGUCCAUGAUACAGAGUCAAAGAUGGAGGAGUUUAAGAACCAGCUUCCUACUGAGGAGUGCGUGAAGCUUCAGAAUGAAAUUACUAAAGUGAGAGAGCUACUUUCAAGAAAGGACCUUGAGACUGGUGAAAACAUCAAGCAGGCUGCCACAGGUCUACAGCAAGCAUCUUUAAAGCUCUUUGAGAUGGCUUAUAAAAAGAUGGCAUCAGAGAGAGAAGGCAGCACUGGCAGUUCAAACGGAACGGAGACCGGAGAAAAAAAGGAAGGACAACAAUAGAGCCUUGAAAAGCCGUUGGUUAUACUGGGACUGGAGACGGACAUCUUAGUCUUCAGUUAUUCUUAUAUACUGCUUUCACAGUAUCCCAUUUCUUAUUGUAUUACCAUUGCUGAAGUUAAUUUCAUGUGUCCUAUUCAGGUGACAUUGAUUUAAUUAUUGUUAAUGUAGGUUUCUACUUGUGUUGUCAGAUUACUGCUUUUGACAUUUGUAUUAAAAAUUGUAAAUGUUUCCCGCUCACAAUAAAGCAUGAGUGCUUUUUUAUGUUCCGA